AUGGAACUUGAUCUUAAGCUCAGUCAAAGCACUGAAUGUCCAAUUUGUUUGGACAUGCUAUAUGCCCCAGUCUCCACUCAAUGUGGGCAUAAUUUUUGCAUGACCUGCCUUGAAGAAGUUGUUCGAAAUCGAUUUUAUCAUGCGAAAUGCCCAAUCUGUCGAUCAAUCCUCCCAGCCUCAGGUUACAGAGUAAACCACCUGCUUGAAAAUUUCCUAUCAAUGCUUUUUCCCAAAGAAUACCAAUUAAGAAGCCAAAGCAGCAAUAACCAAGCAGCUCUUAACUUACGCUACAGAAUGAGAAUAAAGCACGGCAUCAAACUAGUAAUAAUAGUCUGCAUUGGAAUUGCAGCAGGAUGGUACGCAAGAAGAGCGCUGCCUGAGCUAAAGCUUAGGGCUAUUCUCAGACUUCUUUCCAAACUGCUUUCAUUUAUUUUCACAAUCAUCUGUGGGCAUUACUCAGGGUUUGGCCAAAUGCUCAUUUCAAACUUUGUUACAACACUAUUCAGAUCAAGCAUCGUCUGGUAA